UCACCUUCUAAACUUUGAUUCCUAUACAAAGUGGUGGGGAGAAUGGGUAACAUUAAAAUAAGCCACUUACUUUUGAUACUCUUCACUUUCUUCCUUGCAGCAUAUGUAAUACAAGGAUCUAGAACUCAAGUUUUACUUCCUUGCCAACAUCAGGCAUCUCAUUCUCCUCCAUUAAAUUUGCAGCUAAGGGCAAGCAAUGAAGCUGAAAAGAAAAAAAAUUCAAGGAGAUUGAUGAUUGGAUCAACGGCGCCAACCUGCACUUAUAAUGAAUGUAGAGGAUGCAAAUACAAAUGUAGAGCUGAGCAAGUUCCAGUUGAAGGAAAUGACCCAAUCAAUAGUGCAUAUCACUACAAAUGUGUUUGUCAUAACCCUUAAAUCAACUCUAGUGUAUGUUUGAUUUUUGGCUGGGCAUCUAUGGUUCAAAAUGGAGAAGAUAUUAGAAACUAGGUUUCUCACUUCAUCCAAAUACUAUUUUUGUCCUCCAAAUAUAAGGAUUAUAAAUAUUGUUGUCCAGUUUACUUGUUCUGGUUUCCUUUUGGCACAUCAAGAGCUUUUUUGGCUAUGGUUCAAUUAUAAUUUUCUUCAAGGAAAAUUUUAUCAUUAA